GACAUAAAGGACAGUUCUACACGAUAGAAUGGAUGAACAGUCACAAGGCAUGCAGGGGCCUACUGCUCCACCAUUUCAGCCACAGAAAGCCUUGCGACCUGACAUGGGCUAUAAUACACUUGCCAAUUUCCGAAUAGAGAAGAAGAUUGGCCGUGGGCAGUUCAGUGAAGUUUACAGAGCAACUUGCCUGUUGGAUGGGGUACCAGUGGCUCUGAAGAAGGUUCAGAUUUUUGAUUUAAUGGAUGCCAAAGCCCGUGCUGACUGCAUCAAAGAAAUAGAUCUUCUCAAGCAACUGAAUCAUCCAAAUGUAAUUAAAUAUUAUGCCUCAUUCAUUGAAGACAAUGAGCUGAACAUUGUGUUGGAAUUAGCAGAUGCUGGAGAUCUCUCUAGAAUGAUAAAGCAUUUUAAGAAACAGAAGAGGUUGAUUCCUGAAAGAACAGUUUGGAAGUACUUUGUUCAGCUUUGCAGUGCCUUGGAACAUAUGCAUUCUCGUCGUGUUAUGCAUAGAGAUAUAAAGCCAGCUAAUGUGUUCAUCACAGCUACAGGAGUAGUAAAGCUUGGAGACCUUGGACUUGGUCGAUUUUUCAGUUCCAAAACUACAGCUGCACAUUCUUUAG